AAACCGAAGGCAGCGAGGUGAAGGCAGAUCGAGAGAGAGAAGCAGCAACUUUACUCUGAGAACCCAGCCGGCUGAUCCCACACGAGGCAGAAUGAAAUCCUUCCUCCUCGCCAUCGCUGCCGUGCAGAUCCUCCACUGCUCAGGAUUGCCAAGCACCAAGGAUGCUCUGAGAGCCUCAGUUGCAAAACUGAAUGAAAUCACUGAGAUCACCAACCUGUGUGCAAUCACCAGGAGAGGAGUAACAAAUAUCUAUCGCACGGGUAAACUGUCAUACAACGUGGAUUUAACAUUUUCCGUGAAAGAAACCGUCUGCUCCAAGAAUUCUGUUUGGGAAUUUGAUGAUCCCAGUUGUACCUUCCGCCCCAAAAUGUUUGCAGAGAAAGGGUUUUGCAAAAGCCGCGUGGAAUAUUUUGCUGAUAAAGUGGCUGAUAUUGACGUGGAAUGUGAAGGUCUGAAGACUAUUGACAGUGAGAGUGACUCAACGGAGUCAAGUGAAACCAGUAUUGAGGCUCAAAGCAAGUCAAAAGAGACAUCACUAGAGGAAACCUCAAAUGUGAAAAGCAAGUCAGGAGAAAGUUCACUGGAGGACUCUUCAAAUAUGAAAAGUAAGUCAACAGAAUUAUCUUUGGAGAUGUUUUCAAACGAACAGAGUGAGGAUUCAAGAGGGAGACACUAACCAUGAAUGAAACCCCUGAGAGCCUAAACUCAGUGUGAACACAAGAAGACCUCAUUCAAAAUAAACAAGACACUGUGCUUGCUCAUAUACAAGGACAGGGGCCUGGAGCUUCUGACCGUACAUAUCCCUGUAACUGGGAGAUUUUACUGUUUGUAAAUAUUCUAUUCAUUGCUGUAUAUUAUUGUGUAAUAUGUUGUGGAUUUAAAUAAAAUUAUUAAGAAA